AUGAUUAACGUUUGCCUCCUGCAGCUUCCCGAUGAAGGUUCUUUCUUCAAGCUGCCAAAUGCGAGCGCCGAAGACGCGGGCCAUUACGUCUGCCAGGCAUCCAAUGACGCCGGAGUGGCCGAGAAGGACUUCAUCCUCGUUGUCCUCGUGCGUCCUGGUUUCAACCUGACGGAGUUGCGCACCGACAUCAGUGUUUUGGAGGGCGAGGAGGUGCAGCUGCCGUGCCCGGCGACUGGCGUUCCCGAGCCCCGCCGCAUCUGGUACCGGGAAGGACGCCGCCGCGUCUACCCGGGCCCCUCGGUGCAACUGUCGAGCGACGGCACGCUAACCAUCACCCCUGCGCGAGUCCACGACGCGGGGAGCUUCACCUGUGUGGCACUCAGCGAAGCGGGAACCGCAGAAAUGAACGUCACGCUCACUGUCUACGUGCCUCCAAGCAUCCGACCCACAACCGAUCCCGGUCCAGUGGUGGCGGUAAAGGGUCACCCAGCCAGGCUAGCGUGCGAGGCGAGUGGUGUGCCAGCGCCCACGGUGUCGUGGUUCAAGACGGAUGCCCACGGGCUCGCUAGGCUCCGCGUCGGAACUGGACCGUUCCUGGACUUCACUGGGGGUGUCUCGUCCGAGCACGAGGGCUGUUACGUGUGCCUCGCUGAGAACGAGGCAGGAAGCCAGGAACGAUCAGUUGUGCUCAUCGUCAUAGGUAAAUAAAUGCUCUUUGAUAUUGUUAAAUAUUUCGUUGUUUUUUUUCUCAACCACAAGCUGCUGCGCACAUCCGAGUCGCCACCGACCGUGGAGCGCGCCGAUCCCGUUGGCGUCACCGUGCAGGCGGUGGUCGGCCACAACGCGUCGCUGCGCUGCUCGGCGUCAGGCAGUCCGCGGCCGGAUAUCACGUGGCUAAGGAACGGCGCCCCGGUGCCGGCUGUUCCAGCAGAAGGUGUGCUUCGUACUCCCUCCCCCGAGGCUGACCGCACGCCCAGGGUGUUCGCGUCCGGAGAAGGCGCAGAGAGCACGCUCAACAUCGUCGCCGUGGAAGCGGACGACGCCGGACCGUAUCUGUGCGCGGCGACCAACAAGGGCGGCACGGCGGUCGUCGAGUACCACGUCGACGUGGUCGUGCCUCCGCACCUCGUGAACGGCACUUCCGAGGCAGCCCGAGACGUGCCCGCUCACACAGUGGUGCUCGCCCAACACCCUUUCUCUCUGGCCUGCGACGCCGACGGGGUCCCGCUGCCCACCUUCACGUGGAGCCACGACGGGCUUCCGCUGCCUCGCGAAUCGCUCACGUCAGUUCGGGGCAACUGGCUGCACGUGAGCGCGGCACAGCCACACCACGCGGGCCACUACCUCUGCGAAGCCAGCAACGUCGGCGGUGCAGUUCGGAUCGCGUACAACGUUACCGUCUGGGAGGCGCCGCAGAUCUCCGGCAGCCAGACUCCAGUUCGUCUGUCCACGGUCCUGGGUGAAACGGCCACCCUUGAAUGUCCUGCCGUGGGAACACCGGCUCCCGUGUUGUCCUGGACCAAGGACGGACAUCCCUUGGAGGCUUUCAACGCAAGCGAAUCUCUGACGCUAGACGCGACUCGAGAAGAAGACGCCGGCAUUUACGCCUGCACAGCAGUCAACGAUGCGGGAGUGGCGACGCGAGAAAUUUCACUUACCAUACUUGUGCCGCCCAGGAUACGCAUUCGCGGGGACAGCAGCGACGGCUUGGUCAAGGUGGUGGCCGGGAGACCAGCGCUGCUUGAGUGCAUCGCGGAUGGCUUCCCUCGGCCCCGAGUCUCUUGGUCGGGUCCUCUGUUCGUGGAUUCGGCGGCCUCCUCCGGCCACCAACACGGCACCUUGAGGAUUGCCCGGGUUGGGAAAGAGCACGCCGGCAACUACAGCUGCACGGCGACGAAUGAGGCUGGCUCUGACACCUUGUCCGUGACGCUCACUGUACUCAGUGCCCCGUCGGUAGUGAAGAGCGCGGACGCUGUCGUUGUUGUGGCUGGCCAGCCGGCCAUUUUGUGGUGCAACAACACUGGCGACCCCGAGCCCCAGGUCACGUGGCACAAGGGCGACCAGAAGCUGGAAGACGAUGACCAAGCGUUCGAAAUCUUGCCUGGUGCCCUGUACAUCUACAGCGCCAACGUGACUGACAGUGGCCGCUACGUGUGCACUGUCCAGAAUCAUGCCGGAUCCAGCCAGGCAGUGAGGAACCUCGACGUUUUGGAUCCCCCAGUGAUCACAGUAUUUUAUCCCGAGCAAAAGGUAGUGGUCAUUGGCGAUGAAAUUUCGCUCAUCUGUCAAGCGAAAGGGCACCCCAAGCCGGCGAUUUACUGGGAGCACAACGAUGUUCUCAUCAGUGAUCGAAACACCAGCCUUGACCAGCGGUACAUCUUCGUGGCCGGGGGUGAGCUGAAGAUUCCCGUGGCCGAAAGCAGGGACGCCGGCUUGUACCGGUGCAGGGCAGAGAACCAGGCAGGCUGGGACAGCCGCACCGCUACCGUUACCGUGCAUGUUCCCCCACACAUUGACGAUGGCUCCGAUGAAGUGAGUGUCCAGAGAGGCGGCACAGCAGUGCUUCAUUGCAAAGCUCAAGGUCACCCAACUCCACUGGUCACGUGGUCGAGAGAGGGCGAACCCGUGGACUCUCCCAGGGCUCACCACCAAUCUAAUGGAGACCUCGUCAUUGCGUCAGCUGAGCCGGAGGACAGCGGCAGCUACUUGUGUUCGGCGGAGAACGCAGCCGGCGUCAAGCUGCGGCUGGUCUCCCUCGAGGUCCUCGUGCCGCCAAGCAUCAGCACGCUGCCCCGGGACCAACAGCUGGCUGCAGGCGAGGCGCUCAGGCUGGGCUGCCGCGCUAACGGCACUCCCGCUCCCCGCAUCACUUGGACGCACAACGAACAGCCUGUACCGGAAGCAAGGCACGGUGCCAAGAAAGCACAGGGGGUUGCCACCACCACCACCACCUCCAAUACCGCAACGACCACCGCAACGACCAAGACCAUUAGCACCAGCAAGACCGUCGAUGGCAACAACAACAGCAAGACGGGGGAAGACGAGGCGAUGAGGACGUUGAAGGAAGCCAACGAGGCACUCAGGCGCAAAAAGAACGAGCUCGAGACGAAAGAACCGGCACCCAAGAGACGAGCGAUCGAGAACCUUAAGGAACGCAAGCUCAACGACCGGGUGGACAACCUUAAAGACAAGGUCGACCAAAUCGAGGAACACCUCGACGGGCUCGAAGAUUAUAUUAAGACAACGUUCACCACGAUGAUCAACGACAGAGCCAGCACCGUGGCGGGGACUCACAGGCUCGUCGCCUGCGGGGACUUCAACGCGGCACACCCGGCAUGGGGAUAUAACAAGCAAUUGGCCAAGGGGCGAGACCUGUUCCAAGACUCAUUAGACCUGGGCUUCACCCUCAUCACAGACCCGACUGAUCCUACAAGGAUUGGGAACUCUGUGUCCAGGGAUACGACGCCGGACCUCACGUUCGUGAAGAACGACGAGAAGGGGAAUAUCUCCUGGCGCAACACGGGGUCAGAGCUCGGCAGCGACCACUACAUCGUAGAGGUCAUCAUACCGGAUGAGGUCAAGGCCUCGGAGGACACCAGAAAACAUAAUUUUACGGAUUGGGAUGCCUUCCGUAGCCUGUUACCAACGGAGAUGGAGGAAAUCGAGAACAUAGAGGAAUGGUCAGCCCACAUCGCAGGGAAGGUCAAGGAGGCGACCAAAAUCAUAGAAACGGAUGAGCAGGUCGACAAGGACAAAAUAAAAAUAGGAGGUUGUAAGUGCGCAUCCGCUGUUCUACUACUACUACGUCGCAGUAAGUAUGUGAUAUUGUAUUAUUUCCGCUUCCCUGCAGAGACGUAUGCUGCUGGCGCGGAGGACGGCGUGAGUGAGCUGGUUCUGAAAAAUGUUGUCCCACAAGACCAGGGCUCGUACACCUGUGUGGCUGAGAACGGUGCCGGGCAGCAUAAGGCCACCGCAAACGUUGUAGUUGGAGUCAGUCCUGUGAUAGCAGAGGCGCCGUCGUACACCGAAGUGGCCGCAGGCGGCGAGCUGUGGCUGCACUGUGCCGCCAAAGGAGAACCUGUACCAAAGGUGUUCUGGCUCAGGGACGGACAUCAGGUCGACAACGAAGGUGGUCGUAUUCAGCAUUGGCACAACGGCUCUCUGCAAUUUAAGCCGGUCGAGGUCGGCGACGCUGGGGAAUACCAUUGCUUGGCGAGCAACAAGUUUGGCAUGGCCCAGGCCAACCUCACCCUGUCUGUCCUCACGCCGCCUUCAUUCGACGAGCCACCUGCCGAUGUCGUUGCACGUGAGAACGAACCUGUGACGCUUAAAUGCGCCGCCAGUGGACGGCCGGCGCCCACGUAUGCCUGGCUAAGGGUAGGGCAGGGCGCAGUCGAAACAAGCGCCUCGCCCAACGGAACGCUCCACAUUUUACGGGCACAAGGCUCUGACGAAGGCCUCUACCGGUGCCAGGCGAGCAACACACUUGGCACGUCCACAGCUAUAGCCCGCCUCCUCCUUCAAGUGGACGGCAAAUGGUCCGAGUGGUCGGAGUGGAGUGAGUGCAACUGCGACGGCCUCCGGAACCGGACUCGACGCUGCGACUCACCGCCACCACGCAACGGCGGAGACGACUGUAUCGGUGAAGCGCUCGAGACACAGGCGUGCAACGAGACGGCUACGUGUCAGCCUGUGGAGGAGCCGGACGAGGUAAUGUGGGGCCCCUGGGGUCCGUGCAGUACGUCGUGCGGACCAGGGCUCAAGGAAAGACUCUGCGUCUCUGCCGCUUCCGGUCAGCCCUGGCACAGACCCGCCAACUCGGCAUCAGCCUGCGAAGGGCGGAUGCGUGACGUUGUUGCCUGCUUCGAGAGUUCCUGUCCCGUGCAUGGCGGCUGGGGUGCCUGGUCCGAGUGGUCCUCCUGCUCGGCGUCCUGCGGCGGGGGCAUCCGGACCCGAAGGCGCAGCUGUGACUCGCCCGCACCUGCAUGGGGAGGUCGCCAGUGUCAGGGGGAGCCUGAACAAGAAGACUUCUGCCACCCGGAGGCCUGUCCCGUGCACGGUGGCUGGUCCGAGUGGUCGCCAUGGGGCGAGUGUUCGGCCUCGUGCGGUAGGCGGCGCCACCGUCGCCGGUUCCGCACCUGCGACAACCCGCGCCCUGCUGCUGGGGGGCGCGGCUGCCUAGGUAGCGAUCACGAGACGCGCCGUUGCCCGCACAAACCGUGUCCUCAAGCACCUGCCCGUACCUCCACAAACCAUCCUCGGAACAGCCCUCUGAUCGCCGGAAGAAUCCAAGAACUGCGCUCGGCGCCUAUAUCUGCCUUCAUCAAGGACUGGACUUGUCCUGAAGGUUACCUAACAAUGGACGGCGCGUGCGUGGAUGAAGACGAAUGCGCAAACUACAAUCAGUGCCAGCACGAAUGUAAGAACAGGCCAGGCAGUUACGAGUGUGUGUGCCCGGUCGGCUACGAAUUGGAAGAUGACAGCUACACGUGCCACGAUGUGGAUGAGUGCCAGGAAUCUCAACCAGACUGCGGCCUCGACCACGCCUGCUUCAACACGCGCGGAGCAUUCGAGUGCGUCCAUGUGCCUUGCCCGGCCGGCUACGAGAGGGACGCGCGGGAGAACUCCUGCAGGCUGCGCUGUUCUCACCGCGAGGACUGCAGCAGUGACGUGGUGACGUAUGCGUCGGUGGCAUUGCCAAGCGACGUCCUCUCUGGCACCCCGGUUGUGCGACUGGUGGCCAGGGACCACGACGGGGCCGCGCUCCACCACACGGCCUUCUCGUCUCUCAGCGGUGAAGCGCAGCCGUUCGACGUGAACGCCGCCGACAACGGAGUUGGCCUGGUGGUCGCCACUCGCGACCUGCAGCCUCGGACGAGCUAUCGCGUCACCCUACAUGCCGUUUCAAGAGACGAGGCCAACAGCACGGUGUUGUUCACCACACGGUUCUUCCUCUAUGUCACGACAGGCGCCUACCCGUUUUAACCACGGACAUGGGACGCCCGGACGGAUUCACUCAUUCACUGCCAAUUCUCGCAACAUCUUUUCCAUCAUUGUAUAAAUUGCACCUGAACAUGGCUUGUGCGGCUACACGCCACGGCAAAAAAGAAGAGGCUCUCAAACAUGCCCAGCGUACACAACCGAGCGCGCCGUCUGCGAGGUCAGCGUGAGAGAAGAUCACCGAGUUUAGCGAAACAAAUGCUCCGCCAAUGAUUGAAGCACAUUGCAGCAUGAUGCUGCACUUGUCGCAUUGUACACUAACCACGAGUCUGGCGCAGCAGUUUUGAGCCUAACGAAUACUUACAAAUGUGUGUUCGAAAAAAGUUCCAAGUGAGCGCCAUUAGUGUCAACAUCUGCUGCGACACAUCUUCCUGAAAAAAAAAACUCAGCGUUGUUUUAAGAGGAAAGUCUCAAAAAUCCAGGGUAUCAAAAGUGCACACAUUUCGAGGAUUCGGUGGGCUUCUUGUUCCCGAGAGAGAACACAAAUUGCUGUACACAAAUUUUUUGGCUGCCCAGAUUGGCCAUUAUCGUUGACAGGCUCAUUUGGGUGAUAAUUACGAUUCAGCACAGCUGGGUCAAAAUAAAGAUGUUUCAGUACCGAAAAGAGUAUGCAGGGAAUAAACCUAAGUUGAUUAGUUUUUUCUUGCUUGCGUAAAAGAAGUGUUUCAUACUAUAUUUUCUUGCUUGCUUGUGGUCACAUUCAUUUUCUCAAUCAUUGAAAAAUAGUGCACGAGAAAUUAAAAGAUCUCUGCAGAUGAACGUUGCCUAGCCACAACAGUGACAUCAGGAAAAGAUUCAUUUCUUAUCCAUAAACCAAACCAAGUGUUCCCUUUGCACCGCAGCACACGUCGGAGCCGCGUUGCUCUACAAUAUACGGGAACGCCAAAUAAAUUAUAAAAAA